AUGGGAGGCGUUGAGGUCAAGUUGGUGAUUCAGAAGGAACUAACAAAUAGUGAUGUGACGCAAAACCAGGGUCGUCUCUCCAUCCCAAAAGGAAGAGUUAAAGAGAGUUUUUUGACAGCAAGUGAGGAAUCAUACUUGGAUUACGAGCGUAAUAAAGAUGAGAAGAUUCCAGGUAUGUAUGUAUCUAUGCUGGAUCAUAAUCUUAACCUAUGGGAUGAAAUAUGCUUGAAGAAGUGGAAAAUGGAGAAAGCUGAAAUCUACAGUAUCACCGAAGGAUGGAACGAACUUGUAGCAGAAAAAGAAUGGAAAAAAGACGAGAAGGUGUUGGUGCAACUUUGGUCUUUCAGACGCAACCACAAGCUCUAUUUUGCACUCGUCAAGCUUUAG